AUGAAUGGAAGCAAACUUGAAGAAUUUGCUCAAGAGUAUUCUGUCAAUUGUACUCUUUAUAGAACAAUCAUUACCACCAACUUAGACCAUGAAUGUAUCGUUGGUUAUAAUCUUGGACAAAUACAUCCUGAAAUGGUACCUGAAACUCUAAUUAAUGAAGUAUUUUGGGAUAUACCAGAAAAGAAAACCAAAGAAAAUGUUACAAAAGCACAGGAAAAUCAAAAGAGACGGCAUAAUUUGAAAAUAAAGAAACCCAUAGAAUAUCAAAUAGGAGACCAAGUUCUAUUAUACGAAGCUGAAAAAGAAAAGACUUGA